CUCCGGAUGUCCCCCUCCAGGCUCCCUACACAGUUCUGGAGGUGAAGGGUGCUGGCAGCGUCCGGGGACAAGGCACCCAGGGUGGGAAGCGGGGAUGACCGGGCCCCACCACACCCAAUUUGUUGUCCUUGCCCCGGGCCGGGGACAGCCACCAAGCACUGAGCCCCCGCGGGACGGACAGCGACCCACGACAGACGGAGGAACACCAGAAAGGCCAUUGCCCAGAGGAGCUGUACCCGGCGUCCUUCACUUCUUGGUGUUCCCCAACCUCAUCACCAUCAGAUGAGCCACCUUCUUUCCUGGAUAUUGGAGCAGGAAGGGUGCGUCUUUCCAGGGAAGCUGGAGGUCACCCAGAGUAGAGGAAGAGGUAUUUUUACUGAAUGCAAUGUGCAUGAGAGGAAUUCCAGGAAUUUUCUUUUUGCUGGAGUCACCAUCUCUGGACCCAAAGGCCUGAAACAAUGAGCUGGAUCAAUCCAUUGCUUUUGACUGCCAAUAAGUGCUGCGCGCUGAUUGGUCCUGGUUAAGGAAACGGAAGAAAAGGCGUGCACGUGGGACCUGCGGCGAGAGGCCUGAGCGCUGGGGAGGGAGCGCGUGCUGGGCGAGACCAUGGCGUCGCUCAAUUGCAGCACCGCUGUCUGCGUUAUCUGUUUGGAGAAACCCAAAUACCGCUGCCCCGCCUGCCGCGUGCCCUACUGCUCGUUGACCUGCUUCCGGGAGCACAAAGAGCAGUGCAACCCUGAAACUCGUCCUGUCGAGAAAGAAAGAAGAUCGCAUCUUACUGCAAAAACUAAAAAGCCUGUGGAAAACACAGAUGAUGAUGACGACUCUGUAGCUGAUUUUCUCAGUAGUGAUGAGGAAGAGGACAGAGUUUCUUUGCAGAAUUUAAAGAAUUUAGGGGAGUCUGCAGCGCUGAGAAGCUUACUGCUCAGUCCACACCUUAGACAGUUGAUGGUCAACCUCGAUCAGGCAGACGACAAGGCAAAGCUCAUGCGAGCCUGCAUGCAGGAGCCUUUGUUUUUGGAGUUUGCUGACUGCUGUUUAAGGAUCGUGGAACCAUCCCCGAACGAGGAUUCUUAAGGUGGAUUAUUGUGCUGCCUGCUGCUCCCAGGAGGCCAGCUCGCGUGGGGCCCUAAGCAGGGGCGGCGCUUUCCAGGACAUUGCGCGGCUGACGUCGGGUAGGUCCUGCACAUCUUACGUCCAUUGCCGCAGGCUGGGGCGCAGGUGGACGGAGGUACUCCAGGUGGCAAACCCUUUAUGGAGAGAGAACUUGACAUUCAGAUGGUUGCUUUUAAAUGUUUUAUUUUCGGUACAAUUAAGACAUAAAUGAUAUGGCUUUCACACCCAUUUGAGUUAAAACUUGCUCAGUGUUUCAAAAUAAAAUUAAAGUGUGGUGGUUCUGU